GGGGGGGUUGGGGGUGGAUUUACUGAGACUCAGACAGACAGACAGCAGACCGGCUGUCCCAAGCUGCGCUGAUCCUUCACUCUCCGGCAGCAGGCUGGAGUCCUCCUGCCGCCUCCCUUUUAUCACUGGCCACCUGCCUCUCCGAGAAUAACGCAGCGGCAUCACACGGCUCCGGGCGAGCACAACCAAAGCAAGGAGCCGAGACGAGACGCACUGACCGGUUUUCUUGUGUGCCAUUCUUCCAGCAGCCCCCCCUUUCUCUCUACAUACCCCCGUCCUGCGGGAGGACCCGCUGCGCACAGGGCGCGCUUGGCGACCCGGGUUUGUUGUCGUUACCAGGAGAGGAGCGCUCAGCGACCAGGAGCCGUAGCUGGUCCGGCUCUCAUCAAACCGGGCUGCCCCUCCGCCCCCGCCCUCAGAGGAGCCACUUGCAUGGAUGCACCAUGGCCACGUUUGUGUGCAGGGUUCAGUUUUUAGAUGACACCGAUCCGUUCAACAGCACGAAUUUCCCAGAACCGACGAGACCACCGCUGUACACCUUCAGGGAGGAUAUCCCACUCAUCAACCAGUUAGCAGGCGUCCACCGGCUCCUCAAAGCCCCACACAAGCUUGAUGACUGUACGCUGCAGCUCUCCCACAAUGGCACCUAUCUGGAUCUGGAGUCGUCUCUGGCUGAGCAAAGGGACGAGCUGGAGGGCUUCCAGCAGGACGACACAGGGUCCAGAGGGAAGAAGCACAGUGUUAUUCUACGCACCCAGCUGACCGUCCGUGUACACGCCUGCAUCGAAAGACUGUAUAACUCCAAUGGACGUGACUUGAGAAGGGCACUGUUCUCUCUAAAGCAAAUUUUUCAGGAUGACAAAGAUCUGGUCCAUGAGUUUGUGAUCGCUGAAGGUCUGACAUGUCUCAUCAAGGUGGGAGCAGAGGCUGACCAGAACUACCAGAACUACAUAUUAAGAGCCCUGGGGCAGAUCAUGCUGUAUGUAGACGGGAUGAACGGUGUCAUUGGGCACACUGAGACAAUCCAGUGGCUGUACACUCUGGUGGGCUCAAAGUUCCGCUUGGUGGUGAAAACAGCCCUGAAGCUGUUGCUGGUGUUUGUGGAGUACUCCGAAUCCAACACCCCACUGCUGAUAGAAGCCAUCACCUCUGUGGACACCAAGAGAGGCUGCAAGCCAUGGUCCAAUACUAUGGAGAUCCUGCAUGAGAAGGAUGGAGUGGACACAGAGCUGCUGGUCUACGCCAUGACCCUCAUCAAUAAGACCCUGGCAGCACUGCCUGACCAGGAUUCCUUCUAUGAUAUGGUGGACGGUCUGGAGGAACAGGGUAUGGAGACAGUGUCCCAAAGACACCUGGGGCGAAAAGGCACUGAUCUGGACUUGGUUGAGCAACUCAACAUCUAUGAGAUGACCCUACGGCAUGAAGAUGGUGACGAUGACAGCAAGCCUCCACCAUUGGUACGCCGGGACCGCCGGCGGGUCAGCCUCGGAGGCGGGGACAAAAAGUGUGGCCUGGAGAGGAGGCGGAGCCGCAGGGCCUCUCUUGGGCGGUCCGGUCACGCCUCUCCCUGCAGUCCUGCGUCACCGCAGAGAGCCGGCUUCCAGCCUUUCAGUGGACAGAGAGCUGAGGACAUGAGUGAGAGUGCACUGUCAGGUUUUCUUCCAUCCAUAGAGGAGGAAUGUGAGGAUGUGAUAGAGGAGGAGGUGGAGGAGGAGGAGGAGGAGGAGGAAGAAGAAGAAGAAGAGACUCCAGUGACUGAGUCUGAUUCGGAUGAACAGGAGGGGGCUGAUACAGUGUCUAAACAGACCACCCCCAGGUAUUUUAGGACAUGCCCGGCUAGACAUCUUCCAUCCAUAGUUCACCGAACAACCCUCCAGUCCAUCACCAUCACUUCCAAAAAGGAGAAUAUGAAAGAGGAGGAGCAGCGUAAUCGGACUGAACCACCUCCAGCACCCACCCUCCACUCCCCGUCUACCCCCACCUCCUCUCUUCCCAUCUCCUCCCCUCUCAGCCCCCCAGCCCAACCUUCCCUUCUGGCCUCGCUGCUGGCCAGGAAGCGCUCCAUUGUCACUGUCCCGGCUACCAAGGAGGUCAGCCCGCCAUUGCGCGGCAGCUCCCGUCCCUCCCCCGACCGCCUCCCCUACCUGCCCCACUCACCCUUCCACCUCUUCUCCUACGACCUCGACGAGGAGCCCUCGCCCCCAGCUCCCGCCAAACCCAGUGAGGAAUCUCCCAAAACGACGUCUCCCAGGAAUGGUGGUGUCGGGUCCUAUUCCUCUCUCAGCACCCCAAGUACGCCCACCAGCUCCAGGCCUGCUUUGGGAGGUCUUCUAUCCUCCUCAUACCGACAACACCAGGAAUCUUUGGCUGCCGAGCGAGAGCGCCGCCGUGUGGAAAGAGAGGAGAGACUUCAGAGGAUAGAGAGAGAGGAGAGGAAUAAGCACAGUCGCGACUAUGUGGAUAAAAUGGAAGAGGCCAGGCUUGCGCGGGAGGAGAGGUAUAAGAACGUGGAGCGUCUGGCGGCAGAGGAGUAUGAGAAGGAGCGCGUCCGGGUCUCGAGGACUCGCCCUGACCUCAACCUGACCUUUGAACCCUCAGAGGCCUGGCCUUCGUCAUCACGCAGCAGCACCCCAUCCUCCUUCGCCUCCCAGGAGGACGCAGAGGCUGACCUUGAAGCCAGGACCCCUGCCACUCCCUACACGCCCUCUGAGACCGGAGAGGCUGAUGACUCCAGUGCCAGUGUAGACACAGAAGAAAAAGAGGUCACUCCUGAAGAGGAGGAAGAGCAGAAAGAAGAGGAAGAGGUGGAAGUGCAGGAGGAAGUGGCAGCAGAGAAGGAGGAGGAAGGCGAGGAGUGUGAGCAGGAACCUGAGAAGGAGAAAGAGGAGGCAGAGGAGGACAGUGGCAUCCUGAGCGACAAGGAACGACAGAAUGAGGAAGUGAAUGAGAAGGACAACUGCUCGGCCUCCAGCAUCUCCUCCGCCAGCAGCACUCUAGAGAGAGAGGAGAGGGGGAGCAAUGAGAAUGGCUUUAAGGAGGAAGAGGUGAAUGAGCAGUGCAGCAAACUCAUCAACAGCAAGCUCUUCAUGCUGGACAUGCUGUACUCCCACAAUAAGAAGCCCAGUGAUGAGGAGGAGGAAGAAGAGGAUGCGGAGAAGGAGCAAGAGAAAGAGAAAGAGAAAGAAGAGGAGGAGGAGGACAAAGAAACCCAGGAGGACGCAGACGGGCAACUGGCCGAUGACCAGGAGGGCGACAACAGAUCUGACAAUUCAGACCACCGCGGGACCAUCCGACCGUUCGCCGAGCGGUUUGGAGCACUGAUCAAGGACCUUGUUUCGCCCCACCCAAACCUGGAAUGCCCAGCCAACGAGCCCCCUCCUCCCCCUCCCAAAAAGGAAUCAGACACAAUCUGGGACCAGCUCCUGGCCAGCCCUCGAGAGCUGCGCAUCGGGGACAUCAACUUCACCGACCUGACAGAGGACGAUGACAAGAACAUUCUGGAUGCUGUUUUGAUGGGAGGAUGCAGCGACCUCCCGCCUCCGCCGCCUCCUCCACCCUGCUUACCCCGCUUCCCCCCACCCCCUCCAAUGCUAGGCAGCUGCCCACCACCCCCUCCUUUGAUUGGGAUGAUGAGGCCUCCACCUCCCCCUUGUCUUAGUGCCCCAAUGCCAGUGCCUCCACCCCCGGAGCCGCCUCUCUUCAACAAGAAGAAGAAGACAAUCAGGCUCUUUUGGAGCGAGGUGCGCCAGACAGACUCUCAGUACAGCAGCUACAAGCGUAGUGGAGACUCGCUCUGGUCCAAACUGGAACCAGUAAAGUUGGACACAGCCAAACUUGAACAUCUGUUUGAGUCGAAAUCAAAGGAAAUACCAGUUACAAAGAAAACAGCGGCAGACGGCAAGCGCCAGGAGAUCAUCGUUUUGGAUUCCAAGAGGAGUAACGCCAUCAACAUCGGCUUGACGGUGCUGCCUCCUCCUCGCACGAUCAAGACGGCCAUACUUAACUUUGACGAGUACGCACUCAACAAGGAGGGAAUAGAGAAAAUCCUGACGAUGAUUCCCACAGAGGAGGAAAAGCAGAAGAUCCAGGAGGCCCAACUGGCCAACCCUGACGUUCCGCUGGGCUCAGCAGAGCAGUUCCUCCUCACUCUGUCCUCCAUCAGCGAGCUCUCUGCCAGACUCCAGCUCUGGGCCUUCAAGAUGGACUACGAGGCGACCGAGAAGGAAGUUGCAGAGCCGCUGCAGGAUCUGAAGGAGGGUAUGGAGCAGCUGGAGAAGAACAAAACUCUACGCUACAUCCUCUCCACGCUGCUCUCUAUCGGAAACUUCCUCAACGGCACCAAUGCUAAAGGCUUUGAGAUGACAUAUUUGGAGAAGGUUCCAGAGGUGAAGGACACGGUUCAUAAGCAGUCUCUGCUGCAUCACGUCUGCUCUGUGGUGGUGGAGAACUUCCCUCAGAGCACCGACCUCUACUCCGAGAUUGGAGCCAUCACGCGAUCUGCUAAAGUGGAUUUCGACCAGCUGCAGGAGAACUUGUGUCAGAUGGAGCGGCGCUGCAAGGCCUCAUGGGACCACCUUAAGGUGAUCGCCAAGCAUGAGAUGAAGCCCCAACUGAAGCAGAAGAUGUCUGACUUCCUCAAAGACUGUGCUGAGAGGAUUAUCAUCCUCAAGAUUGUUCACCGCAGGAUCAUCAACAGGUUCCAUUCAUUCCUGUUGUUCCUCGGCCAUCCAGCAUACAGUGUGAGAGAGAUCAGCGUCCACAGGUUCAGUAAAAUCCUCAGCGAGUUUGCGCUGGAAUACCGAACCACCCGAGACCGCGUGCUGCAGCAGAAACAGAAACGGGCUGACCACCGCGAACGUAACAAGACCCGAGGAAAGAUGAUCAUAGACGUCAACGCUCCUUCUGAUGAUGAAGAGGAGAGUGAGUGUGGUCGGUACGGCUCCAGCGCCAACAGCAGCGCCCCUAGUGGCAGCCAAGAGAGCGAGCAGCCUCAGGGUCUGGGCCACUCUGAGGAUGUUGCAGAGCAUGAGCACAUGAAGGCCGUGCUGAGAACCAGCAUCAGCGGCGGCGACAAGGAGGCCACCGGGGUACCGGGGCUUCGGACACGGACAAGAUCCCGGCCCGGACGGGGAGGUCGCAGUAUGCCGGCAUGGACGCCACCUGUGGAGGACACUCAGCUCUGUGGAGACGAUGCUGCAGACGAGAUCAUGGAGCGGAUAGUGAGGUCGGCCACUCAGGGUCCAGGAACCAGAGCCCAACCCAGAGAGAGGAGGAGGUCCAGGGCCAACCGCAAGUCAUUGAGGCGGACUCUGAAGAACGGUCUGACCCCAGAGGAAGCUCUUGCUUUAGGACUAACCGAUUCUCCGGACACAUAAUCGUGAUCAUCAGACCUCCCCCAUUGCCGUGGAAACAUAGCUACAACCAUCGAAGCAACGUCUCUGUCCGCCACCUGCCUUCGCCACACUUUACACAGUUGUAUUCCACCCGUCAUAAACCCCUGUAGGUUUUUGCCGGGUGCUCAUUUUGCCUGAUGUGUCUGAGUGAUGAAGCUGCAGCCAUGAUAGUGUUUUCUUUUUUGGCAACACAAAGAAAAAGUGUAAGCGAAGACAGAGAAUACGUCAAAUAAGGACCGAUGUAUUCAACUUGGCAAGGAAAAGAAAAAUUCAAUUCAGCGACGUUGCCUCUACACUGAAUUGAAAGGUUUUUUUUUAUUUAUCUAAACAUAUUUGAAAUGUUGCAUUAGUCCAAAGGGAUAAUUUUUGCUUGUGAGUUUCUGCAGCUGUGACUUCACCAUUUUUCAUUUAUUUAAGCUGUGAAUUUCCGUUAUAAAGGUUAACAGGCUGAAGAGGAAGUUUUAUUUAGUUCUCCUAUCCAGUUUCCAGAAUCCCAAGAGAUCAGCACAAACAAAGAGGCUUACUAAGAAUGAUCCUUUGUGAAAAGGCAGAUGUUUGCUUCUGCAGCUGCACGUUUGACAAGUGACGAGUAUAAUUGUGUCCAGUAGGAAUGUGAAAGGUUUUCAGUCUGAUGUGUGCCUUUCAUUUAAAAGGGACAACGCUGUACCUUUACGCCAUCUUGUUUCACGCACCUCCUACUUCUCAGAUAACACAAAUGUCACAUUCACAGGCGUAGUUAAAUCGAGUACGAGUGUUGAUUAUAAUGAAUUAAUUUUUUUUAUUUUGGCCGAAGUGUUCUAGUAUUUAUUUGCAAAGCUCGGACAUCUUGCACCUUACUCAACAUUAAUAGUUUCUCAUGCUGAAAUGAACGACACAGAGAAAAAGUUUUUAUCUCAGAGGAACUGUUUGUAAAGUGUAAAAAGACAAAAGGAUAAAGACAUUUUUUUUUAAUUUUAAUAAUCUAUUUUGAAGGACAUGCAGAGAAUUCUGCAUAAAAUGUGUAAAUGCCCUUUCCAGCUGCCAGGUACUAAAUACUGUAGUACUACAGUGUGCAUGUUUAGUGCGGUUCAUGUGAUGUAUUAUUUUUGUAAUUUCUGUAGAAACUUGUAUUAUAGUCUGAGAGAAUGGAAAAAAAAGAGGCUAUUCUGUGAAUUGUAAUAAUAGAUAAAAGAAAUGAAAGAUGUGCUCACAGCUGAAAUAUGUGUUUUUGCUCCGUGCUGAGAGAGGACAGCUUUAAACUCUGUGGUCACAUUGUACUUUGUAUGAACUUGAACAGGUUGCGGAUAAUGUAAGUCCCAGCUGAACCAUGUGCUCCUCUCACAGCACAACAGAAACUGGGAAAUAUCACUGCAUAAAUGCCACGUAGUGAGCCGAACACGAAACCACGGUUACAUACACUUUCACUUGAAAUGCUGUGUAUACACAUUCUGCAAUAAAAAAAACAAAAACCAUUGAGUGAAAAAAAA